GUAAACAUCAUGUUGUCGAUUAAAAAAGACUCUACGAUCUCUUCUAAGUUAUCAGAGUACGACAAUGUGCCUGUCCUGCCUGGGGAUUACCAUAACCAUGUGAACCAUGACGACCUUACCACCUCGUCUACACACCUCUCGGGCUUCCUUCUGGACGACCCUCCCCCUGUGCCCCCUCAUCAGGCGCCCCUUUCCAACACUACACUCCAACGACAACAAGAGUCAUCCCCACAACAUCACUCAUCCCCACAGCAUCAACAGUUAUCACCACAGCAUAAACAGUCAUCACCACAACACCAAGAGUCACCUCCACAACAGAGACCACUGCAGUUCCCGACGGAUGACAACCAGCUAGAGCUGCUGCAAGACCAACAAAAAUUGCAACAAGAUGAAUAUGGCAGCUGUAUUGUGCAGUACCAGCAGCAGCAGCAUCUGCAGCAGAGGGGUACCUCUGCUUCCAGCUACAAGACUCACCAGCAGACACGAGAGCGAACACAUCGUGACAGUUACGGCGGGGAAAUGAGUACUUCAUCAUCUUUGAUUUUCUACUGUCUGGUGUUCCUGGCAGAGAUACUAAUGUUUGGCCUGCUGAGUCUGGUACUUUUCUGGGUUGUAUAUUACCGUGGCGGGUUUGCCUGGCGGGAAGACGUCACCAAAGAGUUCAACUAUCAUCCUGUCCUCAUGAUAUGUGGCUUCGUAUUCUUCAUGGGUCAUGCAAUGCUGGUGUACCGUUUAUUCCGUUGCUGCAAUAAACUGACAGCCAAGAUCCUACACACCUUCCUUUACUUGAUGGCAGUUCCGUGCAUUGUUGUGGCAACCAUUACUGUAUUUGACUCUCACAACCUACGAUCACCCCCAAUUCCUAAUUUGUACUCCCUGCACUCCUGGUUGGGUGUGAUUACAAUUGGACUCUUUGCACUGCAGGUAACACACACGCUGGUGGUAGGGUUCUUCAGCUUCUGGUUAUUGCUGUGCUGUGAGCAGGGAACUGUCAGAUUCCGUUCUGGUCUGGUUCCUGUCCAUGCUACGUUUGGCAUCAUUACAUUUAUGCUUGCAAUUGCCACAGCUGUUACAGGAUACACUGAAAAAGCCUUCUUCUCUCUAAGGGAUCCCGAGACCAAGGAAAUAAUAUAUUCGCGGAUGGAAAAUGAGGCCAUCAUCAUCAACACUCAGGCUGCUGCAUUAGCUGCUCUAGGCAUCCUAGUGCCACUUAUGAUUGCCCUACGCCCAUUCAGGAGGAGAUGGAGCGACCGCCUUACUGAGCAUCUGUAAACCAAGAACCCUCUUAUUAUCAUGCACACACAUCUUUGAAAGGACAAAGUAUCAUAUAAACAAAUAUAUUUUCUGACCUGGGAAGAAUAAUAGAUUGUGGCUUUAUCAUUUGAAGGAUAGUGCACAUUUUUGGUUACUGUUGCACUUGGCAUUUUUGUAUUGUACAGUGUAUGCCAGUGGUGCUCAUUUGUAUGCAGAGAAAACAGUCUCUAAAGAACACUUAAAUAAUCCACACUUUUUUUAAAGGUAACUGUAGAAAACAUUUUAGUCUACCCUGGACUAUAAUAAAGUUACAAUUGUGACUGAAUCAUUGUUUACAGUUUCCUCUUAAAAUUGUGGAUUAUUUGUGAAUAAUCACUGAAAUAGCACUCUUACCCCUUAAUGUUUUAAUUAUACAUAUGUAGCUAUUAAUUAUAAUUAGUUAUAAUAAAGUGAUACUGUUUUGGUUGAAGAUGAAACAUUUGCUUGUUCUCAUUAAUAAUUAAAUUUAUUUAAUGCAACUAAAUUGUCAAUUUUGGGAUGCAAUUUAAGAUUUUUUUGUAUUUUCUGAGACAACUGGUAAUAUAUCUGGGACCAUAUAAUAUAUUAUCAGAAUUUUUUUCAGACACUUUGAACAUUUGAUUUUACAUCAAAAAUAUUGUGGCCCUUUGUCAAAGUAUAAAAAAUUCCCAUAAAUUUAAAUUUACCUUUUUAUAAUUUAUGCAUUUUUUUUUUACCUUUGUCUAUUAUUACACCAAAUUUAUCCUGUCUUGUUUUCUUUAAUAAAUCUUAUAUAGAUGCAAUAUUUAUAAAGACAUUAUCAACAAA